AACUGAUUAGUUCUAUAAACUAUAGUAAAAGAGAACUUUCUUAUGUUCCACAUUGCAGAAACCAAUGCUGAGACCAUCUACUGGUUUAGUCGUCCCGACGUUCCUGGCAGCGGAUGCCGUCAACUUAAUAUCAGGGCUCUUACAGCGGGACCCAUUGAAGCGGCUGGGCUCAAGUGAAGAAGAUGCAUGUGAUGUUAUGCAUCAUUAUUUCUUUCGAAGCAUUGACUGGAUGGCUUUGCUAGAGAGAAGAAUGCAGCCCCCAUUCAUACCUGAGGAUGUUAGACUUUGCGAGGAUGGAGAUCAACAUCUAGUUCUAACUCCUCCCUCUGAGGGUUCCUUGGCAAUGGAAAAGGAGAUUGCGGAAGCCUUUAGGAACUUCGAUUAUACCGCAAUGUAG